UUUACAUGUAAGUAAUACCUUGUUAAUUAACGAUGGUGAUUUUAUAUUUCCUUAUAAUGAGUUUGGGUGUUCUAAUCCAUGGACUAGAGAGGAAUAAAGGUGUGAGUCGUAUUAUAUACAUUGAAGAUGAGAAGUGGACGAGAUUACUUAUGCACACUCACUUGGUUAAUAUGACGGCUGAAAUAGUUAAAGACACAAAAUAUAAACUGAACCAGGCGCGGAAUAUACAAGACGAGCACAGACAUAGCAUUGGAUAUGACCUCGGUACUAUCGCCGCUGGGAUCCUGGAACGAUUCCUGCUUAUGCUGAAGAUGUAUAGGAAAUACUCUUCCAUACCUGAUUUGAGAGAUAAGAAGUAUUCUAUAGAGGAGAUGAUGAAUAUACUGACCGUUAUUCAGGGUGCAUAUCACGAAAUACUUCUAGAAAAGUCCAUGUUCUUCGAAACUCUGAAAGCGUAUGAGGCACUGGAUCCCAACCACGUCGAAAAAGGCAGGAAGGAACGUCUGAAGAGUAAGAAGCCCUCAUGGUUCAGCGGAAAUAAGUACGAUUUUAGGCGAGCUGGUCUGUGGAAACCUGGUGUGGAUCAAUUUGACAUUUAAUAUAAUAUUUAUAAUUAAAAGUUUUCUUUGUGAACUUUAUAGUGUGAGGUUUAGUAUAUUUUACAUGGUAACAAACGGUU